AGCGCGCCUGCGCAGUCGAACGUCUGUCGCCAUUGCUGUUGGAUCUGUCCUCGUUCCGGCCCAGUGACAGGCUGCCGGGUAUCCGACACGCACAGAGGGGCUGAGGGGGACGGAUAUCAGAAAGUGAGCGGAGGGUCGGGAGAGAAAACGAACAGAAGCUCGUUUUCAGGUGGUGGAAACCCCGUCCCCGUUUGAUGGAUCCGAGGGUAGCCUGGUUUCAGCCAGAACAGCUCGGACCUGCCAACAUUUUGUGGAUGCAAAUUUGGGAAACGACGCAAAGGCUGAGGAAUCUGUUCUUUAAUAAUAACUGUGCGGCGGCAACGGCAGCAACGAGUGCGGGCAGUGAGAGCAUGUUGAGGGAGAGGGGCAGCCAGGGAGGAGGGGAUUUGGGAGCGCAGAGGGACUUUCUCCCACUCGAGCCCAGCGCCAAUAACAGUAACUUCCCAGCCGGCCCAGGAGAAGGUGGCUGCAGGAAGAGCUACCCGGACAACAGCAAUAGGAACAGCGGCUCAGGCAACAAAAGGAAACGGGACAACAAGGCAAGCACUUUCGGGUUAAACUACAGCCUCCUGUCUGGAAGUGGCCAUUACAACGGAACUCCCUGGAAAAGCCGGAACUACAGAGAGGGAGUCGUGGGACUUCAUGAAGAAAUUAUUGACUUCUACAACUACAUUUCACCCAAACAUGAAGAGGAAAAAAUGCGAAUGGAGGUUGUUGAAAGGAUAGAAAAUGUCAUCAAAGAACUCUGGCCCAGCGCAGAUGUGCAGAUAUUCGGAAGUUUUAGCACUGGUUUAUACUUGCCAACAAGUGAUAUUGACUUAGUGGUGUUUGGGAAAUGGGAGACUCUACCACUUUGGACUUUAGAGGAAGCACUUAGGAAACACAGUGUGGCUGAUGAGAGCUCUGUAAAAGUCUUGGACAAAGCAACUGUGCCUAUUAUCAAACUAACAGACUCAUACACUGAGGUGAAAGUUGACAUCAGCUUCAAUGUACAGAAUGGAGUAAAAGCUGCUCAGCUUAUCCAUGAAUUUAUUAAGAAGUUUCCAGUGCUUCCGUACCUGGUUCUAGUGCUGAAGCAGUUCCUGCUGCAAAGAGACCUAAAUGAAGUAUUCACGGGCGGGAUUGGCUCCUACAGCCUAUUCCUAAUGGCUGUUAGCUUUCUACAGUUACAUCCCCGAGAAGAUGUCUGCAGCUGUGAUGCUAAUCUUGGGGUGCUUCUAAUUGAAUUCUUUGAACUGUAUGGACGGCAUUUUAAUUAUCUUAAAACUGGUAUUCGGAUAAAUGAUGGUGGCUCGUAUGUUGCAAAGGAUGAAUUGCAAAAAAUUAUGGCUGAUGGAUACAGGCCAUCAAUGCUGUAUAUUGAGGAUCCAUUGCAGCAAGGAAAUGAUGUUGGUAGGAGUUCAUAUGGUGCCAUGCAGGUAAAGCAAGCCUUUGAUUAUGCCUAUGUUGUUCUAAGUCAUGCUGUGUCUCCAAUUGCAAAGUAUUACCCAAACAGAGAAUGUGAAAGUAUAUUGGGUCGAAUAAUCAGAGUAACUCAGGAAGUUGCUGACUACAGAACCUGGAUACAAGGGCAUUGGGGACCUCAGAGCAGUAGUGAUUCUCCAUUUAAUGGGAAUGAUGUAACUUUGCUAGUUGGCCCACCACAGCUGGAUAAAUGUAACAACAAUAUUUCAGAAGAGUGCACAGUCAUAGGCCAGCCCAGAAGUAGGACCUCUGAAACAUGUCUUAGCAAACACUCUUCUAACUCAUCAUCUGGUCCAUUGUCCUCCGCAUCUUCUACCUUAUCCAGUUCAAGUGAUGUUGAUUCUGAUGGAACACCUUGCAAAACCUCCAAGCAAUCUGGCAGUCACCAGUCCAAUACUAACAGAUCAGUGCCACAAGAGUCAGCACCAGAAUCGUCUCCACUGCCAAGUUUGAAAAUGCAGCAUAGUACAUCAAGCAAUUCAACAAGCAACAAUACUAAAGCUCAGCAUGGUGCAACAAGACUAUUUCGUUCAUCUGUCAAAGGCUUUCAAGGUCAACAGAACUCCAACCAAAUUGGAAGUGUAUCAAACAAACAGAAUCCAGGCAACAAACCACAUCAACAGCACUGUCCUAGCAAAAAGAGGAAGCACAAAGGAGAUGCUGCCUCAGCAGACUUGUGUCGGUAGUCUGUUUUUGACUUGGUUGAAGAAAAUUCCUGCAGUGAUCCCAUAAGCUACAGAAGACUGGUAGUGCUAGAUGGGAUCUUCUCAGACUUUCCCAGGAGUAUGGAUUUUGAUUUUUUUCCAGAUUGCCAUAAAAUGAUCAUGGGUUACAGUGGUUGUCACAAACAUUGCUUCCCUUUUUAGAUGGGCCAUAAGCUGCAGUGGAGCAGACUUUGAAGAUGGAAUCGAUGCACAAAAAUGCCCCUCCCCCGGGUUUAAGAUGUAAUGGAAGUUGAUCGGAAAAGUGUGUUAGAGGAUCUUAAAAUUAUUGAAAAACAAAAUUUCCGUUGCUUCCUUUGCAAGGGAAAUUUUAAAUGUUACAACAAAAUGUAUACUUUGUGCACGAUUUUAAAAUUAUUUUUGCAUAUACUGACAUUUUUAUUGUGUAUAUACAGAAGAUUGUAUCAGUACAGUAUUUGCAUUGGUAACCUUUGUGUUUUCAGUUAACGGUUUUUACAUGUCAUUGCAAUUUACAUUUAAAAUUGAAAUUUUCUGUAUUGUUAAUUUAAUGGAUCCCAAGGAUGUUAUCUGACACUGCUUAUAUAAUGGAAAGAAGGCUAUAUGGUAAGCUUAAAAGUGCUCUACUAAUACUUAUCCAUGUAGCAACUUCCAGAUGCAUUUAUUGGUUUUUGAAAUAGAAGAUAUUGCUCCAGCAGCUGUUGAAAUACACUAAGUUAAAGGCUUUAAGUAGCACAUGGCAUCUGGAAAAGUGAAACGCGACAUUUUUAAUACUGUUUAAUUCUGUAUGCAGCAUGUAGAUAUUUGUACAACUGUUAAAGAUGCUGUAUGAACAGAAUUGUUCCUAUCAAAUAUUUUGAAGGAAGUUUUAAUAUUUCCUUGUCUCAGGUGUAAUAGUAAAUAUUCAUAUUGUAUUUUACCAAAUGGAGUGAUCACAAAAUUUCCUUCUAAAUACAUCCUUAUAGAUCUGGCAGCAUAAAUCUGUGUUGGUCCCAAUUUUUGGCUUUUCUAUGUUGUGAAAGUACAAAUUUUAAGUUGAAGUCUAAGAACAAGUGAUAUCACACUUAAUUUCUUCAGUAAUUUCCCAGCAUUCUAUUCUAAUGGAUACUACUUUUGUUCCUUGAACUUUUAUGCAUGCAUAUCUGUUGACCCUUCAAUCCUGCUAUAAUUCUGACUUGAAUUCUUCAUUCGUAAAAUCAUGACCAAAUAUCAUUCAUCCGACUAAGAACCCAGUAAGUGUUGACUAGCGAUAUCUGUGUUUACACAACUUGUAAACUGAAACAUUACUAGAAAGGCUCACAGUACAAUUUUCCUUUUAACUUUCCUUUACGGUGCUUUAAAAUCAAUACCAGAAACAUCAAGCUUCUUGUGGUGAUGAUGGGGACUGUACCUGGAAAGGCAUGGACUUAGUUACUAUUGCUCUAGGAACAAAUGAUCAAAGAAGUAAACUGAAUAAAGCCAAUUGGAGUGGUGAGGAAAAAUCAGAUGUUCUCUUUUUUUGUUUGAGUUAUUUCUUUGAAAAUGUUGCCAUUUGUUUCCACAAGAUGCAAAAAGAUACAGAAAAUGGGCAAUUGAUUCGUAAACCAACGGUGAAAACUAUACCUCUGUUGCUCAGUCAUACAGGCAUUUUAAUCCAUAUGACAAAUAACAUCAAUCUCCUUAAACAUUACGUUAGGUAUUGUUUGCAAUGAGGAAGGAUCUCUUCAGAGGUCCUUGAUAAUUGAGCCCCUCCUGCCCCCCCACCACCCUGACAUUUAAUCAACUAUGCCAUUAAGGAACCACUUUCCCUGUCAGAAUGCUCCAAAGCAUUGCCCAGCUCAGCAAUGAGGUUUUAUUUGCAACACACUUUACAAUCGGUCUAAAUCACAAGCAAGUGACUCAAUCAGCUUCAUAAGUGGCACAUUACCAGCACCUAAAUGGCCAAACUUAAGUGUCCCACUUAAGCUCAUGACAAACUGUACAGCUGGAAGUGAAGAUACUGAUAAUACAACAUUGAUUCUUCCACACAAACUCACCAUUUACACUUAAAAUUACGAUGGCUUCAGAUUUCCUGCGAAGACACAAGUUGAUGCAGAACUUGUACUGUAAAUAUCCUCACAUUGAAUCAUUACCAGAAAAAAUCUUAAUUGAGAUUAUACUAGUUAUAGAUAUUGAUCUCAAAGCUGUAACAAAUAUCUUUAGAUUUAAAAUUCUAUGAACUUGUGUUAGCAAAUAUACAUCAGCAGUAAAAGAAAAGUACUAUCCAAUAACUUGGAUUUAGUAGAUAUUUUUAGUCAGGUGGAGGUCAUGCCAAGUUGAUAUUCCAAGUUAAUCAUUUUUACCAAUAUUUACUUUGAUUAAUGCAAUUUUUAGCCUUAGUUAUUACGUGUAAAUUAAUAAGUUACAUUGCUUCAGUAAUGCUGCUGAUUCAUUUUUAACAAAAUCAGUACUGUAUAAUAGAUGGAGGCAAACAAAACUAUUCAGGAGUGAAUGGAAACUUUGCUUCAAUUGCAAAUAGUUAUAUAAUUUUUGUCAUAGGAAAUAAGUAUUUCACAAUUUUUGACUAUAUAAUGCUUGACAUUUAGGGUGUUCUGCAGCAGUUUGUAUGUUCACAGCUUGUAACUUGACUGAUGUAAAAGGGAACUUAAAAUAGCUGCACACCAAAUAACAAUAACAACUAUGGUGAAUUGCCAUAAUAGAUGGAGCAGUAGUUGAAAAAUUAUAUUAAUUCCAUUGGGAAUCUUUGCCAGCAUUUUAGAAGUUUUAUGAGUUGCAUUAAAUGAUUUAAGUAACAAAUGAAGCUCUAUUUCUGAGACAGCACAACAUCCUUGAAAAUACGCAUACUUUUGAAAAUGAAAAAUCGAACAGAUUUAUAUGGUUUGCCUUAAACUUUUUUACAGUUAUUCAUACAAAGCAUAAAACUUGCCAAGUUGAAAACAUCAAUGACUCUUGAGAGCAGUUGACCUGUUCUCACUACUUGGCAAUUUGUGGUUUCUUAUCUGUAUCUUGUAUUAGGUUUGCUUGGCCACUUCAUCUUGCAAGUAUACAAUAUUUUACACAGUUUGUUUUAUCAGGUUUGAGUCUCUGAUAAAAUUUGUAAUUAUGGCAAAGUGAACCUUUAACUUAUAUGCUGUAACUUAGGAUGUACAACAUUUUUGUAAUAUGAUCUGUACUGUCUCUGCAGAAAAUGCAGGGAAUACAUAGAAAAUAUCAGUCUAUAAAAAGAAAAGAUGAGUUGAUGUUGCUAAUGUAAACCCUUCAUCAGACUGGAGUUCUAAUUAAGGUUCUAAACAAGUGUCGAACCAGCUUUUCUGUUUAUAGAUGUUGACCAAAUUGGCUGUGUAUUUCCAGAAUUUGCAGCUUGUUUUAUAUUUUGGAAUUGCCUCUAUAACUGCUAACUCUGCACAUCACAUGACAUUUUUCUUGAAACAGUUGCUUUUUAAGUUUCUUUUCCUCUUCUGAUGAUUUACUAACACUGUUGAAAGCAGUUACUCUUCUUCCCCCACCACCAUCCCCACUGAUUUCUUUGUACUAAUUUGCUCUGCUGGUUCCACUUUAAUUUGUGUUUUUACUUCUGUCCAACUGCCAGUUAAAACUUCUAACUUAGAAUAACCAGGCCUAGUAUAUUGUAUAUGCCCUGCUUCAGCUGUUGGACCUCAACUCCCAGUAACUUAUAAAUUGCUGAUCUAAUUUUUGUUGUCCUUUCCAUUGUUUCAUUUUUAGGUUUCCAUUGAUAAAUGUCGGUCCUAGCAAGCAUUGUUCUGAUUUUUUUUGAAUGAUUUGCAGUCUUGUAACUGGUUUUCCCAGGAAACCUCCUGUUAACUCAGGAGUUUACAUGUAAUUGCUAAUAAAAUAAAUGGUCUUCCCACGUC